AUGUCUUCCGUGCAGACUUCUCGCGCACGAGUGCUCAUCGCGCCGGUGUUGUAUGUCGACGGGGCGAGCCCGCCUCCGUAUCAGUCCGUGGACACUUGGCCAGCAAACGGGCAGGCCCCGCUUCGCAGAAGAUCGCCCUCGACUCUUACCUGUACUCCUCUGCAGCCACUCUCGCCUCUGCCUGUCUCGUCCGCCGGUUCGCCUACUCAUCCGACAUUCACUCGCCCACGAUCUCGCACUGCAGGCGACUCUUCCAUCAGACCCCGACGAACAUCCAUACGUCCUCGAUCAAGAACGCACACCGAGAUGAGCAUGCCAGACAGCAGCCCGCCUCCCUACUCUCCCUCGCCCGUCCAGCGCGCGAGCUCGUCCCCGCACCUGCGCGGAACACCACCACUCCAGCUCUUCACCUACUCCCAUCCGCCUUCUUCCUCCUCCCUCGCAUCGCAAUCCCUCCAUCACCGACCGCCCUCUUACUCGCCUGCCACUCGAUCCGCAGACACGUCCGGGGAGGAUGCGGACGACACUGCUACCUCAGACGACGGCAUGAUCUUCACCGUCCCCCCGCUCGGCAUGUCCGGCUCCUUGCGCUUGCGCCUGCUCAAGCGCAAAACGCGAACGCACGAUGGCCAGCCCGCUCGGCCGAUCAGCACGUCCCAUGGCGUUCCCGGGGCAGGCGAGACGGAGACGGAGAGCGAAGACUCGGUGAGUGUCGAUUUCGCGUUCUCGAUAUGCCGUCAAAGCCAGGUUUGGCGCGGUCGAUUCCUUUUGUGA